GAGGACAAAAUCAGCACAUCUCCUCCCGGGGCUGACCACUCCUCAGCGGGGAUGUCUUCGUCGAGCAGCGUCGAGGAUCGGAGCUGGGAUGGUGGAGAAAACACUCACUGUCCGUUUUUUCGAGCCUGACUGGAAGGCAGCAGGGCGGCGAUGGAUGAAGGCACGAGCAGACAAAUAAAAUAGUGAUUAUCGCUGGAUUCAGCCGCUAACGCUAGCAGGCUAACAGCUAGCUGUCCGUGGGUUGUUUUUUUUCCUCUCUCCUCCCCGUUCAACCACCGUGGUGCUGUCCUCCAUCAUCCACACUCCUUCAUGGUUUUUAACGCUGAAGUGGAGACAUGCUGGACUCACUGAGGACAUUUCUCUCAAGGAUAAAAAGCAUCGUCUGCUAGCCUCCCCGUUAACGCCAGUUAGCUAACCUUGGAUCUUUGAUUGGCCGUUAUUUUUCAGCCUUCCUGGAGCAGAGGAUGCUGAGAGGGUGCUAACGGUGAACCUGAACUCGCAUGGACUCUCACUCCAUGAAGGUCAUGAUACUGAGAGAAUGAUCAUGCUGGAAAAACAGAGCUCGACGCAGGAGAUCGGCGAGGAGGCCGAAGACGACGCCAUCUUCACCAUCACGCUGAGGAAGGUGCAGCUCCACCAGUCGGCCAGUAAGGGACAGCGAUGGCUGGGCGUGGAGACGGACUCCGCCCUCAGCCUCUACGAGACCUGCAAGGUGAGGACCAUCAAGGCAGGCACGCUGGAGCGCCUGGUGGAGUACAUGGUGUCGGCGUUUAAAGGCAAAGACUCGACGUACGUCACCAUCUUCCUCUGCACGUAUCGCUCCUUCGCCACCACCAAGCAGGUGCUGGAUCUCCUGCUGCACAGGUAUGCAAAGCUGCAGAAUGUUCCGGCAGCCACAGCACACCGAGUCUCUCAGGACGACUGCACAGAGCUGAGAAACACCGUGUCAUCCAUCCUGGGCGCCUGGCUGGAUCAGUACUCUGAGGACUUCUGGAGCCCCCCUAACUACGACUGUCUGCACCAGCUCCUGUCCUACCUGCACCGACACUUCCCCGGCUCUGACCUGGAGCGCCGCGCACGCAACCUGCUGGCCCACUUCCACCGCCGACAGCAGUGUGAGCCCGAUCCCGAUGGGGAACACAUCGGCUGCCCGUUUGCCACGCAGGAAGAGAGCGGCUUUGAGGACGAGCUUCCUGCGUUCAGUUUCCUGUCGUUCGACCCGAUCAUGGUGGCCGAGCAGUUCACGCUCAUGGACGCGGAUCUGUUUAAGAAGGUGGUGCCGUAUCACUGCCUCGGAGGGAUCUGGUCCCAGCGGGAUAAGAAGGGGAAGGAGCACCUGGCUCCGACCAUCCGAGCCACCGUCGCUCAGUUCAACUCCGUCACCAACUGCGUCAUCACCACCUGCCUGAGCAACCCGACGCUGAAGCCCAACCAGAGAGCGCGGCUGCUGGAGAGGUGGAUCGACGUGGCUCGGGAGUGUCGGAUUCUGAAGAACUUCUCCUCUCUGCGAGCCAUCCUCUCUGCCCUGCAGUGUAAUUCCAUCCACCGCCUGAAGAGGACCUGGGAGGAAGUGUCCCGGGAGAGUUUCCGAACGUUCCGUGAGCUUUCUGAGAUCUUCUCUGACGACAACAACUACUCACUGAGCCGGGAGCUGCUGGUCAAGGAAGGGACGUCCAAGUUCGCCACGCUGGAGAUAAACCCCAAACGGGCCCAGAGGAGACACCAGCAGCAGAGAGACCUGGGUGUGAUGCAGGGGACUAUUCCGUAUCUGGGGACGUUUCUGACUGACCUGGUGAUGAUGGACACGGCCAUGAAGGACUACACCGAGGGUGGUCUGAUCAACUUUGAGAAGAGAAGAAAGGAGUUUGAGGUGAUCGCUCAGAUCAAGCUGCUCCAGCUGGCCUCCAAUAACUACAGUUUCACUCAGGACAGCCACUUCAGAGAGUGGUUCGCUGGCGUGGAGAAACUCAGCGAGGCAGAGAGCUAUAAUCUGUCGUGUGAGAUCGAGCCUCUGUCAGAGUCUGCGAGCAACACGCUGAGAGCCAAGAAGAACGGCGGCAUCAUGAAACGCUGGAGCGAUCGUCAGCUGACAGAGGCCGGCUGCAGCAGCGCCUCAAGCUCUCACUCAAAGUCCUUCGAUCACUCACACUACAGACCGUACCAAGGGGGCGGGGGGGACAGCGGCGACGCCCUCAGCGUCACCUCGGUCAGCUCGAGUGGUUCGGACUUGGAGGACGUCAACGCCAGCUUCCUGUCCGACUCCCCGGAGGGACACGAGAGGAAGACGUCGACUCCCUCAGUGAAACUCACCGUCUCUGCUCUGGGCAGAGAAGCUCCAGCCGCAGACACGACAUCUACGUUCUGGGAGUGCACGUCUCUAUCGUCCCUCGACACGUCUGGGACGGGCUCAAGCUCCGGGUCGGCCUCGGGCUCCAGCAGCGCCUCCUCCUCCUCCGUCUCCUCGUCCACGCCGCUGUCGGCGUCUCGCUCGCACAAACGCUCGGUGUCAGCGGUGUCGAACUACUCAACUCUGUCUCUGCCGCUGUACAACCAGCAGGUGGAUGACUGCUGCAUCAUCAGGGUCAGCCUGGACGUGGAGAACGGGAACAUGUACAAGAGCAUCCUGGUGACGAGUCAGGACAAAACUCCGGCCGUCAUCAGGAAGGCGAUGAUCAAACACAACCUGGAGCGAGAGAAGACCGAGGAGUACGAGCUGAUGCAGAAAAUCUCUGAGGACAAAGAGCUUCGGAUCCCAGACAACGCCAAUGUUUUCUACGCCAUGAACUCCACUGCCAACUACGACUUUGUGCUGAAGAAGCGUGGCCUUCCCCGGCCAGUGCGAGCCAAGAACGUGGCGAGCUCGACGCUGCCUCGCAUGAAACAGAAGGGACUGAAAAUCGCCAAAGGGAUUUUCUGAGGAGAGAAACCCGCCACCUCGUCCUGCCUCCCCCUCGCCCCCCUUUAACCCUCUCUCCUCAGAGGAAACGUUUCUGAUGUACCUGGAGUAUUUCAGUUUUACUUUGGACUAAAACACGAGGGCGUCAGAGGAGAGAAAUGACCAAGAAACCUUUCUGUGGAUCAUCAGAAAGCAGCGGAGCACCUUAGCACUUAUCGGUGUCAUCGGGACCCUCGGAGGACGAUUAAAGGCUGAGUUAUGAUGUUUCUGUGACGCUGGGAGGUCAUGAAGGACACGUUUGUUUAAGGGGAAUCAAACACAGUGGAACUUCACUCGCCUGCAUCGGCCUGAAACGUCACAGAUCUGUCUGAGCGUGGAGGAGCGGAUCCUUUUCAUUUCCUGGUUUUUGUUUACAACUGUUUACAUCCUAACAUCACACGUUCAGCUCUUAAAGACUUUUGUUCCUGCCUCCAGGAGUUUUGCACCUUUGAGAAACUUUUAUUAAACUCCCUCUGCAGCCUUCACCGGUCACUGACGCCCCCUACUGGCACGGAGUGUACAUAACAAACAACAUAAAAGCCACAGUGAGGGAACGCCACGGCGUGGUAACAGCCGGGGGUUUCGAAUGUGUUUCUAUCUUUCAGGGAACUUUCAUUGAAGUGAACCGCCACCUUCCUGCUCCAUGUGUCAACAUGUGUCCGGGACGGCGGCGCUGAUGUCCUCGCUCUGAUGCUGGGACUGCAGCGCUGACCUCCUCGCUCUGAUGCUGGGGCCGACUGCUGGGACUAACCUCAGCGUUUUAACGCCAGCGUCGCUGGCGUGGGGGAACAUUUUCACUUCUGCCAUGUCACUAAAAAAGCAAACAAAGGUGAAGACUUGUGAAAGGAGAGUCUAAACGGGAACAGCCAUGAAUCACAUGUUUGUUUUUUUGAUAUUAAUGAUGAAUGGUAACCACUACACGUGGAGGAUGUCUCCGUCCUUCCAUCACACUCGAGUGAAAACAGAACAAACACCGUGUAAAUAUCAUGAACACCUGGGCAGUAUGUUCUUAAAAACGGACCAUGAGAUUUUGUUCAUAGACUCGUCACUAUAUCAACACUUUUUUUAUUUUGCUUUGUACGUUUGUUUUUGCAUCUCUGCUCUGAUAUGGUGCUGCUAAUUAUUCUCUGAAGAUGUCGCUCCAGCUGCACUUCACAGAUUCCUCUUUUCUGCCCGCCGCCAUGUUGGAAAAACCACAGGAAGUUCUGUCGUAACCUGCAGGGGAAACGUCUGAAUGAUCCGUUUGCUGGUGCAGAAAAAAAAAAUUUCAUGAGGAGCCAUGUUUCUGAUGGGAGAGGGGAAAUAUUUCUAAUGAAGAAAAAUAUAACUCUACAUUACUAAUGAUCUGUACGACCCCAUAAUUAAUAUGGAGUUAUAAAUAUUGUGCUAUCUAUGAGGGCUGCUUCGUUACGGCGAAAAUCAGUCAUGACUGUUUAGUUUGAGAUUUCGAUCAUUCAACAAAUAAUAAUUUAUAAUCUAUAUCACAUGGAUUCACAAGACUUUAGCAUUCUUAUUCAUUUGUUCAACCUUUAUUUAAAACUUGAAGAGUCACAGAGAGCAUCAUUUGUUUUCAGUGAUGUUUAGAGCAGCAGAGCAAGAAAAACUGUAAAUACUGGUUAACAAAAAAGUGCAAAAUAUAAACUGAUAAAAAAUUAAAUUAGAACACUUUGAACACAAGUGAUAAAUGAAAAAGAAUAAGGAGGAUUUAUGAAAAUGUAAAAAUGAUUAUCUAUGAAAAUAACUCCUCUAAAACCUGGUGAGUAAGACACAUUUUAAGGUGUAUUUUUGGGGCUUUUUAUGCCUCUAUUGACUGAGGAGGACAGUGGGAACAGGGGUGAGAGAGAGGAGGACGGACAUGAAAGGAGCCACAGGCCGGACCUAAACCUAACCACAAGGCCAUCUGAGCACCCCAAGACGCACCUUUAAUACCUGUUUUUUAUCUAAAGAGUUGUCGUAUUUACUGAUGCGACUACAGGCCUGUGUCCACAGCCGGUGUUACGGUUCAGUGAGUGACCAUGCUAGCUGGUGACUGUCUGCCAAAUAGGUUCUUAAAAGAUGACGACUGGCAGCAGGAGAGAACUCCCGCUGGGGGGCAAGAAGGGAUUUCUGCAUAGAGAAACUCUACAACAGUGGUUUUCAAACUUUUUUUGCCCAAGGCACACCUAAGGUUGAGCCAAAAUAUCAAGGCACACCAUAUUCAUGUCAAUACAGAAUAGACUUUUUAAAUGAUGUAACAGUCAAGGUAGCCCAUAAGGGGAGAUAAAGGGGAGAGGUGCCUAGGGCCCAGCCAACUGGUGGUGGCAAACGUGGGCAAAAGGCAGGAAAAAUUGGUGAAAUGUGAUGAAGAAAACGUGGCAAAAUUGGGUAAAAAGUAUUAAGGCAAGUCAAAAAUGGGUAACAAUUGGCAUAAGGUGCCAAAAAAAGGGUUUAAA